CGCAGUGCUGAGCGAGAUUCCCAAGACAUGCUGCCAGGGGCCAAGGGGAAGGGAAGCCUUCACACUCGGGGCAGCUGUGGUUACAAGGGGCCCCUUCAGUGUGCUGUAGCAGCAGCCAGAAGUUUGACUUAUUUUUUUGAAAGGACUGGAGAAAUUAUUAACCACAGUUGAUGACGUCAGAGUUGAUCUGAUUAAAGGUUGAAGUUCAUGAGUUCGCCCAGCCUCAGUGAUCUGGGCAAGAGAGAGCAGGCAGCCUUGGAUGAGCGGGGGACACAGCAGCGCCGGGCCUGCUCCAACGCUACCUGGAACAGUAUCCACAAUGGAGUGAUAGCAGUAUUCCAGCGUAAGGGUCUCCCAGACCAUGAACUUUACAACCUCAAUGAAGGAGUCAGGCAAUUACUGAAAACAGAACUGGGAUCAUUUUUCACUGAGUAUCUGCAGAAUCAGCUGCUCACAAAAGGCAUGGUGAUCCUAAGGGACAAGAUCCGUUUUUAUGAAGGGCAGAAACUACUGGAUACCUUAGCUGAAACCUGGGAUUUUUUCUUCAGUGAUGUCCUGCCCAUGCUGCAGGCUAUUUUCUAUCCUGUGCAGGGAAAGGAGCCCUCGGUUCGGCAAUUAGCUCUUCUGCAUUUUAGGAAUAUAAUUACCCUCAAUAUAAAAUUGGAAGAUGCAUUAUCCCGUUCCAGAGCCAGAGUUCCACCAUCUAUUAUUCAGAUGCUGUUAAUACUUCAGGGGGUUCAUGAGUCGAAAGGUGUGACUGAAGAUUAUUUGAAACUGGAAUCCCUGAUCCAGAAAGUUGUUUCUCCUUACUUGGGCACGUAUGGUCUGUAUUCCAGUGAUGGACCCUUCACACACUCUGCCUGUAUCUUGGAGAAGCGGUUCUUCAGACGUUCCAAGUCGGGUGACAUCCUUGCCAAGAACCCUGUGGUGCGAUCAAAGAGCUACAACAAUCCUCUGCUGACACCAGUGGCUGAGUAUGAAACUGAGAGCAUAGCUGCCAACGGAACUGGCAUCCGAAGGCACUCCGUCUCAGAAAUGACCUCCUGCUUGGAGCUCCAGGGGUACUCCAACCUCACCACCAUCAUGGACAACGGUUCCAAGAGCUCCAUGACAACCAUGAAAAGCUCACUGCCAGGAGACCAGGAGAGGCCGAGCACUGGGUCAGUGCAGUGCUCCAGCAAACUCAGCACAGCUGAGCAACAGAAAGGACUCUUCCACUCAAUUGGCGACCCACACAGGUCUUUUGAGCUUGACAGAGACACUUCCUUACUUCCAGUUCCCUCUUCCAGUCCUGAAAACAUAGUAGAUCAGAUUUUGGAGUCAAUCGACUCUGAUUCUGAAGGCAUUUUCAUUGAUUUUGGCCGAGGCUGUUCCAAUUCAUCAGCAUAUAAUGUGGAUGUGAGCAGACAGAGCAUCAUGUGAAGGAUAUUAGGAGACAAACUGUGGGGUUUAAUAUUAUAUAUGGAAGUUAUUAAGGCAGUGAGUUGGACUGUGGGCAAGCUGUCUAUGCCUGGGCAGAACCUUUGCCAGGUUAUCAUAGCUGUACUGAGCAAACACAGGUUUAUAGCAGGUGGGAAUCUGCUGAGGUGGAAGCAACUCCAACCACUUCUGCCCAUCCCUGUCACCCUGCAGAUGGAUUUCCUAUUUCUUUAUAAACUUAGGGGUUCACAAAUUCACAAGUGUCUGGUAAAAUACUAUUAGUGGUAUUUUUCCUGGACAAACACUGCCAGUGUUUGUUCAGGAAAACACUCAGCAAAUAGCUGUGCUCACUUCUAAUUUUCUGAAGAGAUUUCCUGCAGAUGAUGGGUUGUUCUCUGAACCGUAACACCUCAACCAGAGCAGAAACAUAUCCUUUAAAAAAAAAAACAAACAAACA